CCGUUACCCCUUCAUGCCUGAACUCCCUACGCCAAUCAGAUCUCCGCUCUGCAAUCCUCCAUAUCUCAACGACGGUAAAAAGUGGAGAUACAGGCAGUCGGAAGUACAUAUGGAAAUUACUUUUGUGUAAACAACAUUUGGAGAAUCUCAUGGUGGAGGUGUUGGUUGUCUGAUCGAUGGGCGCCCCCCUUGAAUUCCCCUCUCAGAGGCUGCUUUACAAUUAGAUCUGGACAGAAGGAGGCCAGGCCAGAGGGGGAUUACCACACCUAGAAAGGAAACUGACACAUGUUGCAUAUAUUAAGGUGUUGCUGAAGGAUAUACAACUGGAUCUCCAAUCAUGAUAAAAGUACCAAACACAGAUCAGAGAGGAAAAGUGAGUACUCAAUGCGGUGAAUUGUGAUGUCGAUAGUGACAAUAUGGAGACUGUAAUGGGUUACAAAAAUAUUCAGCACACUAGGGACUACAUUGAAAUGUCAAUGGCUCAUCGACCUUCUCAUGCUGAUGCGAUUUAUGAUUUUAAGUAUGGCACACGAUCAGUAGAGGGUGGUGGGCGAUCAUCCGCUAGAGAGACGAUUCGGAGAGCUGCCUCUGGAGCUGUUGCGAAGGAGAUUCUUAAGGCCUAUUCAGGAACUGAGAUUCUUGCUUAUGUCUCUCAAGCCCAAAAAGUUGUACUUCCAGUGGAUCCAGUGGGUCACCAAACCUUGACACUUGAUCAGGUUAACUAUGAAAUCUUCUUUUCCAGAGAUAAGCAUGAAAGAAAACUUACAGCUUGUGGUCGACACGAUCCCUGUGUUGUCCCUAGAGCGGUGCCCGUGGUUGAAGCAAUGGUAGCAUUGGUGCUCGUCAAUCAGUUAAUGGCUCAAUACGCACAGUGUCAACUGUUUCCCAUUAAUCAACGAGUUCCAGGAACCGUUGCAGCUGCCAAAAAUUCAACGAACUGCACUUUUCUAAAACGCUUCACAGAACUCGUAAUCAUCCUUACCUUGGAACAAAAGAGUCCAAUCCAAAAAGAAAUGGAAAAAAGCCCAACUUGUGGCCUAACUUUUGUGGACUUCAUCAAGCCCAAAUAG